AUGGUUUCUUCAGCAGGUUCAUUGAGCGCGGGAUCGCUUAUGUUCGCAUUGUUAUGUUCACCCGUGGCUGCCACCACUUAUUCACUGGUGGAGACGUGGCAGGGAAACAAUUUCUUGGAUUCAUUCAAUUUCCACGUUGGUUCCGACCCGACAAAUGGCUUUGUCAACUAUCUCGACAAGGAGACCGCCGAAAAGACAGGCCUCGUCAAGGUCACCGAGGCCGGUAGUGUGUAUCUGGGGGUCGAUCAUGCUACCAAGCUGGACCCCAGAGGCAAGAGGGGCCGUGAUUCGGUGCGCAUUGGCAGCAAGAAAUACUACGACCAGUCUCUGGUGAUCGCCGAUAUUGCGCACAUGCCUGGUGGCGUCUGCGGAACCUGGCCGGCCUUCUGGUCUGUCGGAAAGAAUUGGCCUGCAGACGGUGAGAUCGACAUCAUCGAGGGUGUCAACUUGCAGGAACACAACGAGAUCGUCAUGCACACAGCCGGCACUUGCAGUUUGACAGAUACGGAAAUGACUGGCUCGGUGAACGCUACAGGGUGUGGCGAGGAUCUAGGCACCGUCGGUUGCAAGGUUGAGGGCCACGAAGGCAGCUAUGGCACAUCUUUCAACAAACAAAAGGGUGGAGUUUAUUCGUUGCAGUGGACCGACGAGUUCCUCAAGAUUUGGUACUUCCCCCGAAGCGCCAUCCCGCCCUCGAUAACUAGCGGCCAGCCCGAUGUAACCGAGUUCGGUACCCCAAUGGCACUGGUGGAGGAAUCGUGUGAUGUUGCCAACGCCUUCAAGUCCCAGUCGUUUGUAUUUGAUGUCACUUUCUGUGGAGACUGGGCAGGUGGAGUGUAUGGUGAUUCUGGUUGCCCCAUGACCGACGGCGAUUCUUUCCAAAGCUGCCACAAUUUCGUUGCCAACAAUCCCGCGCAGUUCAAGGAGACUUACUGGGAAAUCAAUUCGGUCAAGAUCUAUCAGGCCGGCGGGAAGGGAAUUGCCUCCGGUUCAUCCCCCGAGCACAAGCCGGCUACGACUGCCGCUGCUCCGGUAGGAGUGCAGACCACUGCGGAGACCCACGCUGCUAACACUGCUGCUGCGACGCACUCGGCCGCUCCCAAGGAAGGGAAAAUCCCUGGAGCAGUUCAGGAUCUUCCUACUGCGCCUAUUCCUACUGUUGCAGCUACUGCCGAAAGCCCUGCUACUGAAGUAGCCGAGUACCCUUCCACCGGCAAGAAGACUCGCACAUUCACCUCUUUGGUCACUGCAACCGAGACCUUCUGCCCCGAGGCCGAAAAGGCAUCCGCGAUUGACACCCACUCCGUGGUCCCCACUCCAGUUGUGCAAUCUGUCCAAGCCCCACCCCAUGGUCAAGAUCCCGAGGCACGAACCUCUGCGCGGACCUCUGCGCCUCCUGUGGCCCCUACCUCCGGCCUCACGCCCGUUCCAACCGGUCACGGCCACACGAACUCGAAAUCUCUCCCUGCUUCUACCGCUAAAUCUGCUGCAGCUGAACACACCUCGGUCCCCGCUGAGUCCUUCAGUGGCUCAUGGGAGAACCCCUAUGCGAUUCCCCCUGCCGUUGUUUCCGACGUUCCUUACAAUGCCUCCAAUGCACUGAUCCCUGCCCCUACCGAUGUCUCGCCAAAGCAGACUAACUCGGCUACAUCUGGUUUCUUUGUUCCCUCCGGCUCUAAAUCUGGCGUCAGCCCGGUCUUUACCGGUGCCGCCGAUCGAUUGUCCAUGAGCAUCUCCGCUCUCUUCUUUGCAGUCAUUGUUGCAUUCUUUGUUUAG